CAGAAUGCAAUAUUUAUUGGACAAAGACGAACCGCGAGCAAAGUUAAAUACAGAGAAGGAAAACUGCAAUGAGGAAGACUGCACUGAGGAUAGUGCAGACCUGCACAUACCGCAGGAAAAUACGGGAACGGGUACCUACGGCUACUCCAGUGCCUGUGCCUCCGAAACGACGCAAGCGAGGUCACGACAGAAGGGAUGAGGAGAGAUUGGAGGAAGCAUAUCAAAUUAUGAAACAAUCAACAGCAAAAGAGCAGCCGAACGAGUGUGACAUAUAUUCCAAGCACAUUGCUAACAAACUACGCAAAUAUACUCAUCGCACACGUGCUCAAGUGGAGUGGGCUAUAAACAAUAUUUUAUUCGAGGCGGACAUGGGGAUGUUUGAUCAAGCUCCGUCAACUACUCCCUCCAUUCGGCAUGAUUUUCAUCAUCAUGUACAAAGAAAACCGGCUUCAAUUAUUCCGGCGGCAAUAAUAAAUAUUUUAAAUGCCGGAAAAGAUUAGUGUUAUUUAGUAAGUAAGUCUAUGUAUAUUGUAGUGAGAGAAAGGAUGUUUGAAUGGGAAUGGAAUAUGCGCCGAAUGAGUGAGAGCAAAUGAGAG